CGGCGGCAGCCCCGCGUGGUCCCGGGCUUAAAGCCGGUCCCCCAGAGGGUGCUGCCGGCCGCCCCGCCCCGCCCCCCGAACCCGCGAAGCAGGGCGCCCAGUGGGCUGCAAAGUUUCGCCGCGCGAGUCCGCUGGGGCAUCGCGUCGGCUCAGGUUUGCCUCGGCUCCACGGGGCUCCGGACGGCCGUGACCGCCGGCCCGCUGCUCGGGCGGCGCAGACGGAACCUGCGCGCUCGCCUCCGGUGCCGCUCUACCCAGCGCCCGCGCGGAUCUCCGCACCCAGCGCCCCGCUCGUCCUCCCUCCACAGGGUCGGUCCGGAGUCGCCGGUGCGCCCGCGAGUUCUCUCCUCCUACCCGGCUUCGACCCUCCUUCGCCACCGCCACCCACCAUGGCCCGUGGCCCUGCUGGGACAAGCCCGGGACGGCUGCCCCAACUGCUGCCGCUGCUGCCUCUGCUGCUGCUGCUGCUCCGGGAUGCAGGCGGCAGCCACCGGGCCCCCGCCCUGCUCGCCUCUCCUGUAGCCUCGGAUGGCCUGGCUGGGAUCAAAGACCCCUGGCGGUUCCUGGGGGACGCGGCCACCACUCUGGGCCCGGGCGCCCAAGACAUGGUCGCUGUCCACAUGCUCCGGCUUUAUGAGAAAUACAGUCGGAGGGGCGCGAGGCCAGGAGGCGGCAACACGGUUCGCAGCUUCCGGGCCCGGCUGGAAGUGGUCGACCAGAAGGCUGUGUAUUUCUUCAACCUGACUUCUAUGCAGGAUUCAGAAAUGAUCCUCAUGGCCACAUUCCACUUCUACUCAGAACCUCGGUGGCCCCGGGCACAAGAGGCCCCGUGCAAGCAGCAGGCCAAGAAUGUGUCCUGCCGCCUGCGGCCCCUGGGCCUGCCGUCUCGUCAGCACCUGCUCUUCCGCAGCCUCUCGCAGAACACGGCCACGCAGGGGCUGCUCCGCGGGGCCAUGGCCCUGGCGCCCCCACCACGGGCCCUGUGGCAGGCCAAGGACAUCUCCCCCAUAGUUAAGGCAGCCCGCCAAGAUGGUGAGCUGAUCCUCUCUGCCCAGCUGGAUCCCAGGGAGAAGGCCCCAGGGGUGUCCAGGCCCAGCCCCCACGCGCCCUACAUCCUCAUCUACGCUGAUGAUCUGGCCAUCUUGGAGCCCAACAGCGUGGCAGUGACACUGCAGAGAUAUGACCCCUUCCAGGCUGGGGACCCAGAGCCCGGCGCCGCCCCCAACAGCUCGGCGGACCCCCGCGUGCGCCGGGCCACACAGGCCACCGGACCCCUCCAGGACAACGAGCUGCCAGGGCUGGAUGAGAGGCCGGGGCACGCCUCCCACGCCCAGCACUACCACAAGCACGAACUGUGGCCAGGCCCCUUCCAGGCACUGAAGCCGCGGCCAGGACGCAAGGACCGCAGGAAGAAGGGCCCGGAUGUGUUCAUGGCCUCCUCGAGGGUGCUGGACUUCGACGAGCAGACGAUGCAGAAAGCGCGGAGGAAGCAGUGGGCUGAGCCGAGGGUGUGCUCCCGCAGGUAUCUGAAGGUGGACUUUGCAGACAUAGGGUGGAAUGAAUGGAUCAUCUUGCCCAAAUCCUUUGAUGCCUACUACUGCGCCGGCGUGUGCGAGUUCCCCAUGCCCAAGAUGGUCCGCCCAUCCAACCACGCCACCAUCCAGAGCAUCGUCAGGGCUGUGGGCAUUGUCCCAGGCAUCCCAGAGCCUUGCUGUGUUCCUGACAAGAUGAACUCUCUUGGGGUCCUCUUCCUGGACGAGAACCGGAACAUGGUUCUGAAGGUGUACCCCAACAUGUCUGUGGAGACCUGUGCUUGCCGGUAAGACCAGCAACUCCAGGUGGAAGGAAAUCUCUGCCCCACCCCCCACCCAGCAGGGUAGCAUCCUCAGGGCUUUCUGGGGUGAAGGCUUGAUGAGGGGUGCAGCUGUAUAUGGGGGGCAGAGCUCAGAGGCACCCUGGCUGCAUCCCAGAAAGAUCAAUCCCCUGAGGCACAUUUUGGGGUCUCUCACUGCUGAUGACUUAGCCCCAUACAUGCCAUUUCGAAUCCCCUGGAGGAAUCUGGGAAUUGGCCUGAAGGCUGCCCGUCGCCCAUCCCCUGUUCUGAAGACCUGAAAGCUAAAUGUGUCCACCAUGUUGGCUUUGGUGACCGUCAUCUCAAAACCUUGGGAGAAGACUACAAACCUGAAGGCAUCUGCUCUCUUCACCAGAAAGAGUGUCUGUUUAAACAAUCCAUUUACAACACUCUGGGCCACAUGUUGAUACUGGAAACUGGGCCUAAAUAAUGGUAUAAACUUUUGAUCUCCACUGCAGAAGCUAUCACACAAGCCCUGUGCACAUAUAACCAAUGUUGGUCUCUUUUUCUUAAUAUAUAUUUUAUUUUAAAACAAAGAGGAGGGAGUGGACACCGUUCUCCACGGAAGUAAUCGUGCUGGUGAAGUGUGCAUUGUUUAAACAUGUUUAUUGAAAUAACACAUACGAUAAUAUGUUGGAAUACUAAAAAAUAACCAAGAUUUUUAUAUUUUUGUAAAUUAUACUUUCUAUACUGUA